UUGCAGGUCCAUUGCAAAAGUGAUUGCUUAUCGCCGGAGCUGGAAGAAAGCAGUGAUAGUGGCCAUACAAGUGGAAGUGGUAAUGCUGGUACUCCUGCAGCAUCAGCUUCACGAACUUUCCAGUCAUCGCACCGGUCAUCAUUACUGAAUCCGAUGUAUCAGCAACGAUUUCCAAGGUUUCAACCCAGUAGUGCGGCUAUGCACGGUGGUUUUGCGCCUCAUGUUCCUUAUCAGGCACCCAACCCAAUGAUGCCGAAUGCAAAUUUUCAGCUAUCUGAUUUCACUGCUUAUACUGCACAUUUUCCACAGAAGAUGCCUGUUCCUUGA